AUGGACUUGGUAAUAUGUGUCAACCUGGUGGUACUGGUUUUGAAGGUAUGGAUGAAAGUGAGGCAUGGCACUGUGGGAUGGCAAGAAAGUCCAUUGGAGAAGGUGCAGUCUUAUUGGCACUUGAAGGCCCAGGACUUUGGCAUGAAGGGACAUGCCAAAAAGUUGAGACGUGACACCCUGAGGAGAUCCUAUGAGAGACCACUGGUGAAAAUGCAGCCCAGUUGCAACAGAAGCCCCCAGUGUUUCAUAGAAGCCAGCACUAAUGCAGUGACCUAUGAUGAUGUGCACAUUGACUUCACUCGGGAUGAGUGGGCCUUGCUCAAUCCUUCUCAGAAGAGUCUCUACAAAGAUGUGAUGCUGGAGACAUACAGGAACCUCACAGCCAUAGGUAUGAAAGAAGCCAUACUGGAGAGAAACCCUCUGAAUAUGCACAAUGUGUUAAAUCCUUUGCAUGUUACAGUUUUCUUCACAGGCAUGAAAAAAUUCAUUCUUCAGAGAACCCAUAUGAUUGUAUUCAACAUGAUGAAGCCUUUGCAUGCUGCAGUUGUCCUCAAAUAUUUAAAAGAGCACAUGCUGGAGAGAAACACUAUGAGUGUAAUCAAAUGUGAUAAAGCCUUUUCACAGAACUAUGCUCUCCAACUACACCAAAGAACACAUACUGGAGAAAAACCUUAUCAGUGUAAUCAAUGUAGUAAAGCAUUUGCAUGUCAUGACCUACUUCACAGACAUGAAAGAACACAUAGUGGAGAGAAGCCCUUUGAAUGUAAUCAAUGUGAUAGAGCUUUUUCACGGCGCUCUGGACUCCAAAGACAUGAAAGAACACAUACUGGAGAGAAACCCUAUGAAUGUACUGAAUGUGGUAAAUUCUUUGCAUAUAAUCAUCAUCUUCAAGUACAUAAAAGAACACAUACUGGAGAGAAGCCCUUUGAAUGUAAUCAAUGUGAUAAAGCCUUUUCACAGAACAGUGCUCUCCACAUACAUCAAAGGACACAUACUGGAGAGAAACCUUAUCAAUGUAAUCAAUGUGAUAAAGCUUUUGAGAGUCACGGCCAGCUUAACAGACAUAAAAAAACACAUACUGGAGAAAAGCCAUUUGAAUGUAAUGAAUGUUAUAAAACUUUUUCACAUUGCUCUAAGCUCCAAAUACACAAAAGAAUACAUACUGGAGAAAGACCCUAUGAAUGUAAUCAAUGUGGAAAAUCCUUUUCCUAUGUCACUGUUCUCCAGCUUCACAAAAGAACACACACUGGAGAGAAACCUUAUCAGUGUAAUCAAUGUGAUAAAGCCUUUUCACAACUUAGUAGUCUCAAAAAACACAAACGAACACAUACUGGAGAGAAACCGUAUGAAUGUAAUGAAUGUGAGAAAGCCUUUUCACAGGAUAGUAGUCUCAAAAAACACAAAAUAACACAUACUGGAGAGAAACCAUAUGAAUGUAAUGAAUGUGAUAAAGCCUUUUCACAGAACAGUGCUCUCCACAUACAUCAAAGGACACAUACUGGAGAGAAACCUUAUCAAUGUAAUCAAUGUGAUAAAGCUUUUGAGAGUCACGGCCAGCUUAACAGACAUAAAAAAACACAUACUGGAGAAAAGCCAUUUGAAUGUAAUGAAUGUUAUAAAACUUUUUCACAUCGCUCUAAGCUCCAAAUACACAAAAGAAUACAUACUGGAGAAAGACCCUAUGAAUGUAAUCAAUGUGGAAAAUCCUUUUCCUAUGUCACUGUUCUCCAGCUUCACAAAAGAACACACACUGGAGAGAAACCUUAUCAGUGUAAUCAAUGUGAUAAAGCCUUUUCACAACUUAGUAGUCUCAAAAAACACAAACGAACACAUACUGGAGAGAAACCGUAUGAAUGUAAUGAAUGUGAGAAAGCCUUUUCACAGGAUAGUAGUCUCAAAAAACACAAAAUAACACAUACUGGAGAGAAACCAUAUGAAUGUAAUGAAUGUGAUAAAGCCUUUACACAACUUAGUAGUCUCAAAGCACAUAAAAAAACACAUACUUUACAUGAAACAUAUGAAUAA